GCAGGGGGUGGAGGACGGGCCGGGGAAGCCGCCGCCCUCGCCCCCCAGGACGGGGAAGACCCGGGGCUUGGUCCUGGUGGCGGCCGAUGAGCCCUGAAAGCCGAUUGUUCGCCCUGUUCCUCUGGGUCCCUGGGCAGCCCCCCAGCCCCCUGUCCCCGGGGAGUCUCCAGGUGACCUGACCCCGCGGAAGGGUUUUUCCUGGAAAAGUUGUGCCACUUUCCCGGGUCGCACAUGGUAUUGGUGCCGGCGGGGCAGAGCUCCUGGGAGGCCCUCCCCGACCCCCGAGGCCCGGACUCCGGGAAGAGCACCUUCCUCCCGGUGAUCCGCCGGUCGGUCCCCUCGGUUUGCCAAGGCAUGGGCUCGGGACGGUGCUGACCUCCUCCCCGGCAUGGACGACUGGAAGCCCAGCCCCCUCGCCAAGCCCUUUGGGGCGCGCAAGAAGAGGAGCUGGUAUCUCACCUGGAAGUAUAAGCUGACCAACCAGCGGGCCUUGCGGAGAUGCUGUCAGACAGGGGCUGUGCUUUUCCUACUGGUGACUGUCAUUGUCAACAUCAAGUUGAUCCUGGACACACGGCGAGCAAUCAGGGAGGCCAAUGAAGACCCGGAGCCGGAGCAAGACUAUGAUGAGGCCCUGGGCCGAUUGGAGCCCCCACGGCGCAGAGGCAGCGGACCCCGAAGGGUCCUGGAUGUGGAGGUCUAUUCAAGCCGCAGCAAAGUAUAUGUGGCCGUGGAUGGCACUACGGUACUGGAGGAUGAGGCCCGGGAGCAGGGCCGGGGUAUCCACGUCAUCGUCCUCAACCAGGCCACGGGCCAUGUGAUGGCAAAGCGUGUGUUUGACACGUACUCACCUCAUGAGGAUGAGGCCAUGGUUCUGUUCCUCAACAUGGUGGCACCCGGCAGAGUGCUCAUCUGCACCGUCAAGGACGAGGGCUCCUUCCAUCUCAAGGACACAGCCAAGGCUCUACUGAGGAGCUUAGGCAGCCAGGCCGGCCCUGCUCUGGGCUGGAGGGACACCUGGGCCUUCGUGGGACGAAAAGGAGGUCCUGUCCUUGGGGAGAAGCAUUCUAAGUCACCUGCCCUCUCCUCCUGGGGGGACCCAACCGCACUGGCCUCAUGCCCCCAUCCUAUUGACCCCAUCUCUCCCUCAGAGGCAGAGUGCCACUGGGCAGACACAGAGCUAAAGGGCUAUGGGAGUGUGUGCAGCUGCAAGGACCCCACACCCAUCGAGUUCAGCCCUGACCCACUCCCAGACAACAAGGUCCUCAAUGUUCCUGUGGCUGUCAUUGCAGGGAACCGGCCCAAUUACCUGUACAGGAUGCUGCGCUCUCUGCUCUCAGCCCAGGGAGUGUCUCCCCAGAUGAUAACCGUCUUCAUUGAUGGCUAUUAUGAGGAGCCAAUGGACGUUGUGGCGCUGUUUGGUUUGAGGGGCAUCCAGCACACUCCCAUCAGCAUCAAGAAUGCCCGUGUGUCUCAGCACUACAAGGCCAGCCUCACUGCCACUUUCAACCUGUUUCCGGAAGCCAAGUUUGCUGUGGUUUUGGAAGAAGACCUGGACAUUGCUGUGGAUUUUUUCAGCUUCCUGAGCCAGUCCAUCCACCUGCUGGAGGAGGAUGACAGCCUGUACUGUAUCUCGGCCUGGAAUGACCAGGGGUAUGAACACACGGCCGAGGACCCAGCAUUGCUGUACCGCGUGGAGACCAUGCCUGGGCUGGGCUGGGUGCUGAGGAAGUCUUUGUAUAAGGAGGAGCUCGAGCCCAAGUGGCCCACACCAGAAAAGCUCUGGGACUGGGACAUGUGGAUGCGGAUGCCUGAACAGCGCCGAGGCCGAGAGUGCAUCAUUCCGGACGUUUCCCGCUCCUACCACUUUGGCAUCGUGGGCCUCAACAUGAAUGGCUACUUCCAUGAGGCCUACUUCAAGAAGCACAAGUUCAACACAGUUCCAGGUGUCCAGCUCAGGAACGUGGACAGUCUGAAGAAGGAAGCUUAUGAAGUGGAAGUUCACCGGCUGCUUAGUGAAGCCGAGGUGUUGGACCAUAGCAAGAACCCUUGUGAAGACUCUUUCCUGCCAGACACAGAGGGCCGUACCUACGUGGCCUUUAUCCGAAUGGAGAAAGAUGAUGACUUCACCACCUGGACUCAGCUUGCCAAGUGCCUCCAUAUCUGGGACCUGGAUGUGCGUGGCAACCACCGGGGCCUGUGGAGGUUGUUCCGGAAGAAGAACCACUUUCUGGUGGUGGGGGUGCCAGCCUCCCCCUACUCGGUGAAGAAGCCACCAUCAAUCACCCCAAUUUUCCUGGAGCCGCCCCCAAAGGAGGAGGGAGCCCCAGGAGCUGCAGAACAGACAUGAGACCUCCUCCGGGACCCUGCAGGGCUGGGUACUGUGUACCCCCAGGCAGGCUAGCCCUUCACCCCAUCAUGUAGGAUUUUAUAGACACUGGCAGGGGUUGGGGCUGGUUUGUUUUUAACAUGAGACUUAAUUACUAACUUCAAGGGGAGGGUUCCCCUGUUCCAAUGCCCCUAUUUCUGAGUUGGAGGUCUAUUUAUUUACUUCCUUUUUGGGAAAGGGCAGGAUAGUUGCUGGAAUCCCUGAGCAGCCGAUCCUGCCCUUUGUAUACUCCCUCCUCCCAGGCCUGGCUCAGAAUUUAACGUAUUUAUUUACUGUCCUGAGGGCCUUGGAAACAGGGUGAAGCCUGAAGGAACUUGAUAGUUUUAUGGACUGGGGUGCUGCCCUGAGGGUGUGGCUGGCUCUUACUCAGGAAACUGCUGUUCCCAACUCCUGGACAGGCCCAGCAGGGGCCCGCCCACUGAUGCAGACGCACUCAGAGACCCUCACCCUGAACCAGGCCUCUUCUCGGCCUCAUCUUUGUCCAGGUUUCCAAAGCUGGAUAAGGUGGUCAUUGAUUAAAAAAGGAGAAAACCUCUA